AUGCCUCCCGCUCGCCGUCGAGGAGGCAACACUGCCGCCACCCGUUCCGGCCAGUCAACCCUGUCUUUUGGCUCCAAAUCUAGAAUCACGAAGCCAUCUGCGGCUCCUACGACACGCUCCCAGAAAGCAAAGGAUCUCGAACCGCUUGUGACUGCUCUUCCUGAGAAGGAACCCGUCCAAAGUGCUUCCGAGCCAGAGGAGCUGAAAGACACCCCCACAGAAUCCUCGCAGCCCCAUGUGGCAGAACUCGCCGUUAGGCAACAAGCACGAACAGAGAUCAAACAGCCGGUGUCAGAGGAGGACCAGAAGGCAAGCAAGCUUACGGAACGGGAUUUGACAAAGUACUGGAAGCAAGAAGAGGCGAAAAGGAGAGGGCCUCGAGUACACCAGAACGACCUUACGACCCAUGAGAAAAUCUUGCGACACUUUGAUCUUUCCAGUCAAUACGGGCCUUGCAUCGGCAUCGCCCGACUCAGACGCUGGAGGCGUGCUAACACACUCAAACUCAACCCGCCAAUUGAGGUUCUUGCCGUACUCUUGAAAGAAAGUGAUGAUUCGAAGCAAAUGGCCUACAUUGACGAGUUGUUGUCUUGA